UUUCUUGUUUUGCAACAUCAAAGACCCUGCAUUGAACUUCCUGUAGGGUGCCCAUGUGACCGAAAUCAGUCAUGGAGGAACCACAGCGAAUCGAUCUGACCUACAUCACUGAACGCAUCAUCACCAUAUUCUGCCCUCCUGAAUGUCCAGACGACAUCUACCUGCACAACCUGCAGGAGAUUGUUCUCAUGCUGCAGUCCAAGCAUGGACACCACUACAUGCUCAUCAACCUCUCACAGACAAAUGAAACUCUCACCAGAAUGAACCACAAGCUUUUGGACACCGGUUGGGUGGAUCUUCUAGCUCCUGACCUGGAUCAGAUGCUCGGUGUGUGCACGACGAUGAAGAACUGGCUGCAAACACAUCCAAAGCACGUCCUGGUGUUACACUGCCGGGGAGGUAAAGGCCGGCUCGGAGUUCUGGUGGCUUCUUACAUCCACUUAAGCAACAUGUCAGCCAGUGCAGACCUUUCUCUCGACCACUUUGCCAUGAGGAGGUUCUACAAUGACAAACUGUCUGCUCUGAUGACCCCGUCGCAAAAACGGUAUGUGUGGAUGCUGGGGAGCACGUUAAAGGGAGGACUGAGAAUGUGCCCCUCUCCGUCUUUCCUCCUGUGUGUUGUUCUUCAUGGCCUUCCUAAAAUAAGACCAGAUGGAGCAUGUUGUCUCUUCCUGAGAGUCUACCAGAGUCUACAGGCUGUUUGCACGUCAGCAGUCUACCAUGUUAAUGCAACCCAGACCGACCGGCUCUACUUUGUGCUCCAGCCAGCUCAGCUGCUCAAAGGAGACAUCAUGGUGGUUUGUUACGAUAAAAACAGUCGGUCAGCCAGCCGGCAGGUCGUCUUCCGUCUCCAGUUUCAUACGGGCCUCGUACACGGACACACCCUCACUUUCUGCAAGGCCGACCUCGACUGUGCCAGUGAAGAUCCCCGGUUUCCAGAAGAUGGAAAAGUGGAGCUGCUGCUCUCAGACAGCCCUGAAAAGAUUACAGGCAGAGAGCUGUGGCACAACGGACGCUGUGUGAUGGUGGACUAUGACACCUUGGACCCUUUGGUUAGACGAGAUUCAUAUCAAGACACAUCUUCUCUUGAAACAGCCCAACCUCAUGUCCUGGACCCUGGAGUGAGGAGGAGGAGUAGUGAGGAAGGUGCUUCGUUCCACCUGACAACCAGCAGCCCCAGCUGGGGUGACCGAGCUCCAUCAGCCAGCAGUGAUUCAGGCCUGUCUAUAGCCUCACAGGGGUGGAGAGGGGCCGCACGGGACACGUAUACCCAGGCAGGCAGGCUGUUCCCUGGGGUGGACUUUGAGAUUGCUCAGCCUCUUCUGGAGGUCAUGACUGAGCUUGCUGUGUCAAGUCGAGGGGAGGGGGAGAUGACUGGAGAUGAGUCUGGACUGGGACACACUAUCAAUGGAGAGGCUUCGUCCAGCGAGAGAGAAACUGAUAUAUUAGAUGAUGAGGAGGAAGUUGAUGGUGAAGCAGCUCCUGCUUCCGACCUGCCGAGCUCAAGCAGCAUCUGCUCCCUCUCCUCUGAGAACCUGCCCGAAACUCAGAGAUCCACCCACACUGAGUACUCCACACACUCCUGGGUUCGGCAGCAGCAGAUGGUUGACGUUGUCACCGAUACUUACCUUCAAGUUGAUGGGGAGGAGAGGUUAAACAGGAUGAGGAAAGAGAGGCCGCCACCUCUCGUACUCCCUAAAACGCCACCUCGAGGUCUCAGCAGCAGGGAAGCAGUGCAGAGAGGACUGGAGGACGAGGACGGCACACACAACAUCACACUAAACACAGACGUUACACACAACAUACAGUCUGUCAACACCACACACACUUCGUCUUGCCAAGAAGAUGAUUUGUCGUCGUUAACCACAGACAUCGACGAGUCCAUAGAGCAGCUGAACCAGUUGAUUUUGGAUUUGGACCCAACCUUUGUUCCCGUUCCUACCCGGUGUGCCCCCAUGUCCCGCUCCGCCUCCCUCCACACCAAUGGCCUCAGCCACAAGGGAAAUACCCAUCACUCAGGUUGGACGCAGCAGAUGCAGGUCAGUGAUGUGACAGACUACGCUGCUCUCCAUAGCCCAGGAUGGAUGGGCUCAUCUCAGCAUGGACAUCUCUACAAAACCAACAGCGUGGACAAUAGGGGACAGACAGACAGCUCUGACAUUGUCCCUCUUACUCCAGCCUUCCCAGUGUCUCCUCCGACGCCCUACGUGAAACAUUUCUCAGAGUUUUCCCAACUCAGGACUGGCGGGCAGUGGGACCAACACACCUGGACACAAGACUCCCGGAGUUUCCUGGACAAUGUGAAACACGCCGGCGGCUCCACAGAGGCAGAGCUGUUCAGAUCAGAAGUGUCGGUCACUCCCGCUUCCUGUCAGAGGAUAUUUGGCUCCAUGUGCUCGAUGUCAUCAGACAGCCCCCUCCCUCACACAGACAGCUCCACUCCUCCUCCUGUGUGGCACGACCGGACUCCAAACUCCCUGAACUCCCCGUAUCCCCCGCAGCCCUCACCUCCUCUCUCCCUCAGCACUCCUAAUGCCCACAGCUCUCCCCGGGGGGCUCUGAGAGGCCUGGGUGGAGGUCCCGGGGUCCGCAGGGAGACAGACAGCAUAGACUUGUCCUCGUUGUUGUUGGGGAACGGCGGCCUGGAACACAGCCUCCUGGAGGCCAUGGAGGGCCUUGGGAGUCUGAACCUCGAGGGAGACGGGGGCCUCCCUCCACAGCUGCCUGAGAAGAGGAGAGGGGGUGAGGGGGGAGAGCUUGGCUCCUGCUCCCCUUCUCUAAGCGGGUUUUCCAGCCCUCACAGUGGAAGCAGUCUCAGCAUCCCGUUCUCAUCCUCCAUGACCCUCGACUCCUUCAGAGGACUCGGAGGGGCCCUGUCCCCCGGAGCAGACUUUGGCAGUAAGCACGACACUGUGAAGUUUGUUCAGGACACAUCCAAGUUCUGGUACAAGCCCGGCAUCUCCAGAGACCAAGCCAUCGGCGUGCUAAAGGACAAAGAGCCGGGCUCGUUCAUUGUCAGAGACAGCCAUUCAUUUCGCGGGGCGUAUGGAUUGGCCAUGAAGGUGGCCACGCCUCCUCCGUCUGUGUUACAACAGAGUAAGAAAGUAGGGGACCUGUCCAAUGAGCUGGUGAGACACUUCCUCAUAGAGUGCACGCAGAAAGGAGUUCGUCUUAAGGGCUGCCCCAACGAGCCGUACUUUGGAAGUCUCACAGCUCUGGUGUGUCAGCACUCCAUCACACCUCUGGCUCUGCCCUGUAAACUCAUCCUGCCUGACAGAGACCCAGUGGAGGACCUGAAUGACUCGUCUGCACAGACAGCGACAAACUCAGCAGCUGAGCUCCUCAAGCAGGGAGCAGCGUGUAACGUGUGGUACCUGGGCUCUGUGGAGCUGGAGUCUCUGACGGGACAUCAGGCGGUUCAGAAGGCGACCAUGCUGACUCUCUCCAUGGACCCCCCUCCGGCAUCCACCGUCGUCCACUUCAAAGUGUCGGCACAGGGAAUCACGCUCACUGACAACCAAAGGAAGUUGUUCUUCAGGAGACACUACGCUGUCAACACUGUCAUCUUCUGUUCUCUGGACCCACAGGGCAGGAAAUGGACAAGAGGCAGCGGUUCUACUGCAAAGAUCUUUGGCUUUGUAGCCAGGAAAUCUCAGAGUGAGACUGAAAAUGUAUGUCAUCUGUUUGCUGAACACGACCCCGAGCAGCCGGCGAGCGCCAUCGUCAACUUUGUCUCAAAAGUGAUGAUUGGGUCACAUAAAAAGUGAGGAGAAAGAGACUCGCUGCAGAGUGAAGAGUCUGGACUGGGGAUCAACGACCAACCCCAACAUCAUAUACAUGAGUGCGGAUCGCAAAAAUAAAACAAGAGCCAAAAACUAUGAACCCACACACUCCAGUUGGUCCAUCCUGCAGAAUAAACUUGUGUAUUUUGUACUUACUGCACUGCAGGAUGUCACCACCAGAGGGAGCCGAGACUGCCAUGUAUGAAGUUAAACUCAGCAGAAGGAGGCUGUAACUAGUUUGAAGAAUUUUUUUUAACAUUUGUAUAAAACAAUAGACAGUUUUCCCCCGAGGAUCUAUUAUAAAAGUCCGAUCCUGACCACUUUAUCUGACCUGUAUCUUCAAAGGUACUGUAUAACACUGACUUUGCUUGUUGCUGGCAGUCAAAGAUGACAAAUGCAACAAAUACUUCUGAUAUAACAUGGAGAAUAUCUGAUAUUCUACACAUAAACACAUAUUUUUAAUUCUAAUAGCUUUUCUUCUUACUUAAAAAAAAGUGUAAAUCAUGUUUCGACGUCACUUUCGUUCAAACCACAGGGCCAUUUUAAUAUUUUAAAACAAAACCAACUAUACUGUCACAUGACAAAGUUGGUUGCCUUGUACUUAAGAUGGAUUUAUUGUGUUGUGUUUAUAUUAUUUAUCCCUUUUUUACAGAUGUGUAAAAGUUUUUUUCUCUCCUAAAUAUACUUGUCAUAUAUUUUUGUAUAUUAACAUACUGUACAUUAGGAUUAAAGGCAGUGAACCUCAGAAUUUAUACACUUAUGUCACAUAUUGUAGUAUUUUACACACCAGUAAUAUACUACAGAAGCUGCCCAUGUACGUAUCCUUGUUGUAUUACUAAUAUAGAUGUCAAUAUGUUCCUUUUACAGUAACUCCAAUACAGAUGUAUGUACAGUUAUUGUGCCAUGAUUUAUCAUUCUGAUUUUCUUUAUCAAGAGAUUUCAAAUACACUGUGAGAAAUGUUAAACAUUUAGUCCACCUCCGUAUUUCUUUCCACAGCUUCAUCACAGUCGUCUUGUUUUACUGAGGCAGCUCCAGUUCUGACAUCU